AUGCAACUCGCUCUUUCCGUUGUCGCCAGCGCCCUCGCGGUUGUUAACGCUGCUGUCAUUGGCCGCGAAGCCGCUGCUUUGGAGGUUACUCUUACCCCAGUUAACGCUGCUGGUCAAGUUACCGCCACUGUCAGGAACGUCGGAGCCGAGAACCUCAACUUGUUCACUCUCGGUACACUCUUCGACUCUGCUCCUGUUCAGAAGCUGAACGUUGUUGAUGAGAGCUGUAAGUCGCUUAUUUAAUUAAUCUUACGCUGUUCAUCCAGACGGAAUGUUUUUGGUCAUUUGAAAGAGACUUUGACUACAGUCAGACGAUGUUUCUCGCUUAAAGUCAUCAUACUACGUUUCUCUGAAUCUGGUUACAUUUGUUCCUCUUAGCCCUUGAAUUUGUAACAUCCUGUGUUCUUAUCUCGAUGAUCACAACAUAAUCCUCAUUCUAAUCUCUUACAGCUGCUCCUGUCGAGUUCAAGGGUCUCCUCCGAAGUGUCCAACGCACUGGAGUCGAGGCACAACACUUCAAGUCUCUCAAGGCAGGUGAGACCUUCACGACAACGAUUGAUGCAGCCAGUGUUCACGACCUUACCUCGGCAACCUACACUAUGAACGCUGAGGGAGCCAUCCCAUACGCUAUUGGCGAGUCCACCGAGAUCGAAGCCGCCGUUCCAUUCAGAUCCAACGAUAUCUCCAUCAAGAUCGAGGAGGCAGAGGCCAAAGCCAUCGAGAAAGCCAUCCCAGCCAAGAGCCUUGUAGGUCGUACCGCCCUACAGAGCGAUUGUACCAGCACUCGAAGAACCUCAACCCUCAACGCGCUCUCCAGAUGUGCUAGUCUUGCAAGGGCUGCUGCUACUGCCGCAACGUCUGGCUCUUCAACCAAAUUCAGCGAGUAUUUCAAGACCACCUCUUCCUCCACUCGUUCCACUGUCGCUGCUCGUUUGAACGCCGUUGCGUCCCAGUGUGCAUCCACAACUAGUGGAAAUACUGAUUAUUAUUGCACCGAUGUCUAUGGGUAUUGUGAGAGUAAUGUCCUUGUAAAAGCGCCAUUUUAUAUAUUUAUUUAUUGAUUAUUAGUUAAUUUGCUAACAAAUGAUUAGGCUUACACCAUUCCGUCCCAAAAUGUUAUUGUGAACUGCCCAUUGUACUACUCUGCCCUUCCUGCCUUGACAAGCUCUUGCCACGCUCAAGAUCAAACCACUACCACUCUCCACGAGAUGACCCACGCUCCAGGUGUAUACAGCCCAGGAACCCAAGAUAACGGUUACGGAUACAAUGCUGCAACGGCUCUUUCAUCUGCCCGGGCUGUCCUUAAUGCAGAUUCUUGUAAGACCAACCUCCUUUGAAUGAUAUCUAUGAUGCUGACAUUGUGAUUGAUAGAUGCUCUUUACGCUAACGGUAUAUUUUCCAUUUCCUUCCAUUUUCCUCUACAUAUGAUCCCUCAUACUGACUUUGAUAAUAGCUAUCUAUGUUGGAUGCUAAAUGCAUACAAUGAGAUGAAUAGUAGAAGAUGA